AUGGACAGUUAUCGAGAAAAACUAGCGACAAGGAGAUCUUCCUUCAUGAUAGAAGACAUCUUGACACCCAAAUCUCACCAACCCGUAGACGGUGUUCGACCUUGCGUAUCGACGACGUUGCCUCGAUCACACUUGACAACGUUUGCACCGUAUCAGCUGUAUGGACUAGGAUCCACAACAUCUCCAGUUGCUGCCUAUCUUUGUCAAUCUCCUCCGCAUCACUUCCUAAGCAAACCUUUAGAUGCUAAUCCAUUGCUAUUAUCCGCCGCAGAUUCGUUCGGUGUUAUCAUUUGUAGUAAUGACAUAAAUCCUCUUGGUGUGACGACCGAACCAAUUAUCUCACUUCAGGUGAAGACAUGGUUCCAGAAUCGUCGUAUGAAACACAAGAAACAAAUGAGAAAAAUGACGGAAGAGACAGUAAGCAAACACGAUCAUUUAUUAUCCUCGAGGACAGAUGAUAUAGCAAACAGGUUGAGGGAUGCUGACUCCUUUUCCGAACCAGAAGUCGACGUUGUAGGAGAAGAGAAUCAUUAA